AAUAAGAAAUCAGAAUUGCAAGUUGGUUUCUUAACACGACCAAAGAAGCUUUUCAAGGAGGUAAGUUAUUAAGUGUGCACUAUUUACCUUCUCCUCGUUUAUCGCAAAGAAUGGUCGCUACGGAAAACACUUAAAACUGUACAAUCCCACCGAAAAAUGAAAUCAUCAAUUUUUAGCUUACUCUCUCAAAGGGGAAGUGUCUUACCGAUAAUAAAUCAUCUGUAUCGCUUCCUCAACAUGAAUGCUAUAUAGCUUCAAAUCAUGUAAAAAUAAAUUAACAGUGAUUUUAAAGAGGAAAAAAAUGAAAAGUGUUUCAUAGAGAUAGCUACAGCAAUGAGAGCAGAUUACAGCUGUGCAGUUUUUAGCAAGGCUCUUCAUAUUGUAAACUUACAUACAAUAGCAUUUUGGCCAUUAUCAUUUCUGAUCUUUUGAAAAUCUUGUGUGGCAUAUUUACCGAUUAAACUUGCACCCCGUAAAUCAUAAUUUUUCUCAAAACUUCAUGACAAACUAAUAGCACUCCACCAUGUUUAUAUUACCAAUAGAGCACAAUUUAUCAGUUGGAACCACGUUUUACCCUUUAAGUGAACGUGUAGUAACUGAGUUCGCCCAAAGCAAUUUUUAAAGUGGCUAAAAUUCAUUUUAAAAACUUUCAUUUACCCCCAGCACUCUUGAACUCAAUGUAAUAUGCAAAUAUGGCACUUAUGAAACGAGGGUCUCUCUUUUUUUGUCUUUCUAACAAUCAUCGUAAAGUGUUGACUGAUUCGACCCUGACCGAAGAAUUUUGUCGACGUAUACAGUUUUAGAAGUGCCGGAAGAAUGUCAGAAUUUGGCAGAUGCAAGACAGGCUGCAAAAACUAAUCUGUUGUGUGCAAGGGAACUUUUUACAUGCCCGUUAACACUAUUUUUAAGUGGUACUACUUUUCAGACAGCAUGCACUCGUCUAUAAAAGGGGGAGUGGAACUUUCUAAGUUUACAAUUCUAUUGUCUCCAGCUUAAAUAAAAACUGUGGCCACCGCAAGAACCCGACCACGAAACGGUCGUAUUCCUACUCUUCAACUUCCUUAUGUAAAGAAAAAUGUAAAAACGAAGUUCUAGUGAUACAAUUAUGAAAAUACGCCGAAUCAGGAGACCGUCCAGUUCUGUUUUUUGUUUUUCGUAAAGACUCAUUUUUCCAUGCCCAAAAAUGAGUUGUGUGUUGUUUAGUACUUCACGUUCCAUUAGACUACUUACUGAAUGGCUAAUGAUGAAUAUGUAAAUUUCAUUUAACGGAAUGAAGAAAUAAAUGUAAAAAAAAAAAAAAAAAAGAAACAGAAAAAAACAAAACAACAACAAAAACAAAAAAAUAAAAAAAAAAAAAAAAAAAAAAUAAAUAUAUUAUAAAAAUAAAUCAAAAUUACACAAAAAAAAAAAAAAAAAAAAAAAAAAAAAAAAAAAGAGAANCGACAAAAUUGAGGAGUAGGCAUACGCAUGAUAUUAGAGGUAUUAACACUGUUAACACAAGAUUAGUUGCUAGACUGAUUUUAUUGUUUCUUAAGAGACCAAAGCAAAAGUACGAUAUACCCACUGAUGGAUCGAAAUGGAUUUAGGCAAACUAAUCAUCAAUCAUAUCUCGAAGUAAAUACAUGUAGCCGCCACUAGCUGCAGCCAAGCGCGGGAAAACAUGCAGCCAACUUCACCAGCGAAAAAUGCCUGAUUGGUCGAUGUGCGGCCACGUGACAUAGAUCUAAGCAAAGCGAUUAUUUCCUCGACAUGAUUCUGAAAACUUCAUUUCCUGUAGUUUUAAUAAAACUUGAAUUACUGAUAUAAGAUGGCUUAUUCAGUGCUUAUUUACCCCGCGGUUUAUUUAAUUAUAUCUACAAAUGCAAACUCAAACCACUUUACUGAAUAGUUACAGAGUUGUCAUUAAUUUCCGCAAUAAAAAUGAGUAAGAGAAAUUAGAAUUGCUUCAAUUACUCCAAAAUGAAAGGCAGGAGAUUAGUGUUUAAUUUCUCAACCGUUUACAUACUUCGGAAUAUCAGAAAGGUUUUAUUUUGUCCAAGGCUAAAAGCUCCAAUAAAAUAGAUUAGCACGCGUCAUAACCUGGAGCGACUUUAAGUAAACUUCAUUUAGGAUAUCGUUGUUUUGAAGAAAACACUUGCGGGGGUUUCAACGAAACACUCUUUCUCGGACUAAUGGGGGAAAUAUGGGUGUUCUGGUGCGCUCCUGCAGAAACGAAUCUGAUUCCGAAUACUGAUACUGAUAACAGGUGAGCCAUUUUGCUUUCUAACAUCAUUUUUUGAUUAUCCUAGUGGAUGCAUUGCUGUUUGUCGCCGCUUAAAGAGUUGUUUGGAAGUUACAAAUGAUUCUACCUAUGCCCUUCCUCAUUAUUUUCGUCUUAACGCUGGUUUUCACUAGCGACGGAGCCGGAGAUAUGAUGUUAGCGGAGUCAUAAGAGCGCUUAAUAUAUCUCAUGCAGUUAGUACGCGCACCAUGAUUGGUUAGUUUAGCAGGCCGUAUUUCACUGUACGGUCAGUGCGCAUUUUUUUUUAUCCUGGAUAUAAGCCCCCGUUCAUAAGCCCUGUUAAAACACCUUGCUAAUAUGUAAAAGCCCAGCGCUUAGAAGCGGCAGUUUUGGUAUCGAAAUUUGCCUAGUAUUUCGCAUUUACUAUUUGAAAGACUUAAAAAUUCACAAGAGUACAGUCAAACCUCUUUAAUACGGUCACCAAAGGGACAGAAUUAAGUCUCCAUUUUACAGAGGUGCCCGUAUUAUAGAGGUAGGAAAUGUAUGAUUUUUGGCACUUCUGGGACCAAACGAACUGUCCGCAAUAGAGAGGUGUCCGUUUUAUAGAGGUUUUCGUAAGGAGAGGUUAGACUGUAGCUUAUACAGCAAAAGCCGUGAACUACGUUUUACAAAUUCAGUAAUUAAAAAAAGUGAUGAUCGUACAAGGAUUGGUGUAAAUCAAAGAUAUUUCAACAUACUACAACCGCAAUUUCACUUAAUACUGACAUAAAUGGUAGUUCGACAUCUAAAAACUUUUUAACGAAGCGCUUUUUGCCGACCGAUAUGGCGAGCACAAAAAUUAACAUAACCGAAAUAAUCAGUAGGCUUCUACGCGACUAAAGUGGUCAGAAAGCCCUUUGAGCUUAACUCAGAGCAACUCUUAGUGGCUCGUUGCAUUUAUAAGUAAACUGUGAGCACCUUUUUGCUAGAGCAACUCUGAUUAUCCGAUAAGCAGCUUGGAGCAAUGCUGAGUAAACAGGUGGCUGAACACAGUUUUGGCAGUUUGUUGAGUAUAUCUCAUUUGCCAAAUCAUGGCAAGAGAACGGAUGCAGCUCACAAGCUGAAACUUGGCAAGUGAAAAAUAUACUGAUGAAAGAUUUUGAUUGACAGGUAAAAUGUGACGUUUUCAUAGUUUCCAUGGCAACAUGAACAAUUGAAUACAACCUUAAAAUUUCACUUUCUUCAUGACAACGUUUUAUAAUUCAAUGCUAUAAUUUGUUGUGCAAAGAAACCACGUGCUUUGAUCGUCGUGGAUAUUGAAUGAGUGCAAAUUCUCAUGCAAAAUUGUGAAAAACUGCAGAAUUAUAGGUUUAAAUAGGGCAAAAAAGAACAAAUUCUGUCCGAGGUCUGUAUGAUAAAAAAGGGCCUCAGAGUACUGUUUACCUGAGACGUGAUGAGAAAAAGUAUGUUUAAAAGGCUGGUUUACACGCCACCAGAUUCGUCUCCAAGAUUUACUAGUAAACUAAACUUGUCGAACACAAAAAAUCCGGCCUGUUUUUUUAUUUUGGCCUCUCUUUUAGACCGAGGAAUGCAACGUGCAAAUUGGCUGCCACCAAGGACUAUCGUGGCGCGUGUGUUUCUUAAAAUUUUAUUUCGGGGUUGUCCAAUUAUCCAUAGUCUCUCAAACGGAGCAAUGUUGGAGAGACUGGUGAAUGCCACAUUAUGAUGCCACAGCUGAUGCAAAUACAAUACACGAAUAGGUCUAUUUGUUUUCCAGGCUUAAUCUACUGUGAUCGAACAUGAUUGCUAUUUUUGGGUGUACAAAUAAGACUAUUUAAUAACUCGAUGUAAAAUUUGUUUCACUCUUGGACUGUCAAAUUAUUUUUCUCUAAAAUCACCUAGCCUUUUGCCUCAAAAGUCAAAUGAAUGUGCCCUGAUCUGUGGAUUACAAGUUUAUUGUUUGAUGUAAAUUAUGAAUUUAUUAACGGCAGCUUAGCUUUUAGCCCUGGCUAAAUCUAUAUAUUAGCGUCAUCAGAUAGUGAUGAGCAUAUGUUAAGGAGGCAAAAAGUGUAAACAAAGAUUCGCCUAUACGGUCACUUUCUAUGGCCCCUUCAGUGUCCGUAUUAACGGGGUUUGCCUAUACUUAUUUUUUUUAUUUAGUUACUAUUAUUUUCUUGGACGCCUAAACCCAUACUUCGCCGAGAAGGUGGCCUAUACAACAACAGAAAAACUUUAUCUUUAGCGCCUACACUUUUUAUAGUAAUAGCUUAUGUUUUUGGUAGGUUAGCACUUUUUGGGUAGCGGUCUAUAACAUAAUUACUAUUCAUUCAAAAUAUUUCGCUAUUUCCGAUUGGCUCAAAUUCCCCAGCUAAUUCUUCAUAACCAGACGGCGUUGACCAAAUUUGGAAGAUGCGAGGAAUAUACCGUCGAUUGGGUGGUAUAUUUGCUGGGAAACGAGGUUGAUCUACGGUCUAUUUCCUUGGAAACGAAGCUGCUUGGGCCAAAGACGAAAUAGGUGAAAUCUGACCAAAAUGCAGGAAUGCGCAAAACAUAUUGCUCGAUUAAUGUUAUCUACUUUUUGAGGAAUAUCUGCAAGGAAAAGACUUCUGUUCAUUGUAUAGAGAAACCGUGAAAAACGAAAUAGGCAAAAGUUUGAAAAAAGUCUACGAGGAAGUAAUCUUGUUAAAAGCUUAGAAAUAUUUUGAAUGAAUAAUGAAACAAUUAUUGAAUUCAGCUUUCGAAUGAUAUGAAGAAUUAUGCUGAUCUCACAUCAUACUCACCCUCGCUCAACAACUGUUAAACGCCAUCCGAACGGUGGCUCCACGCCAUCCACCGGACCUAGUCAACCGCAUUUUCAUAUACCGUACUGUGUUCCGCUUGAUAUCUGUAAAGAUAUCUGGUAGAAAUAGGCAGAUACGAUCAAACUACGAAGGAUAAUAGGCAUUGCCCUUUUUGUGGAUGCAAUUUAAUGGAAGACGAAGUUCACUUUCUUUUUCAAUGCCCUACAUACUCUAUGAUUUGGAAUGAAUUUUACUAUAAAGUCAAGACUCUGAUUCCAAAUAUUACCCAGUUAGCUAUAAACGGUUUGAUCAAUGAACUGAUGAACUCUUCUAAUUACUUUAUCAAUAUACAAUUCAUAAAAUGUAUUUCAGCUUGUUUUGAUGUUCGUGACAAAUUAUUAUCAAAGUAACGUAAUUGCCCUGUGUUGUAAUUUUGAUUCAUAAAAAUAGCUUUUGCAAUACUGUAUGUGCUUGUAUGGUCAUGCAAAUAAAGCUCGUUGUUCACAGUUGUUGUAAAGUAAUCUCUAAUGACUAACAAAGCAAAACUUCAACAUAGAUAUAGCUGUCCAGAUUUGAAGGAUUUAUAAGGUCUUAUAACAUUCACUGUCGAUGGAAUACAAAAUAAGAUCAGUUUCUCAGUGUCUAUUUUUAACGAAGAUACUUAGGCUUUACCAAUGUAUUCGGGAGACUGAAAAUACCACAAGUUAUUCCAAGAAUUUUAUCACCAAAUACAUACAUAAUAGGGCCUUUAUCCAAAAAAGGAUCUGAUUAAAGAGAAAAAUAAAAAUUAAGAGAAAAAUUCAUAAAAGUUAGUUGAAAAACUUACUACGUACUAACUACUCCCUUAUACAUUUCUCUCACAAUUAUGCAUGUCAUGUAGGCGGUGAAAAUAAAACGAAGAAUUUAAGACGGACUCCACCAGAAAAUUGAGUAAUUUAAAUUUUCAGUGGACAAAAAACUUGUAACAGAAUAAUUUAAACCAUAUUGCAUUCUGUUUUACACUAUUCAAGGUUUGUAGAUAUAAUGAGUUAUCUUUAAUAACACCAAGCACAAUUUCUUAUGGGAGCCCGAGAAAAUAAAUUUCAAAUUUCACAGGAAUAAUGCAUGUUAUGUAGGUGGGGAAAAAUAAAAGGAAGAAAUUUAAAUUGCCUUUGGACUUAACACUAAAAUAGCCCAUCAUGUAUAAUGAAUUCACUAAGUUUUAUCUAUCCAUCAAAUUAAUGAGGGAGAAGUUUGGGAGUGAAAAUGGUUGAUUGAUCCCGUACUGACCCGAAGUAUUGGAACAGCAAUUUAUUAUAAAGGUUAUCACGAGGAGGGAACGUAAGAAAAGACGUUUUUGAGCGACGCACGUCAACUGAGAGCGGGCUUCUUGCAUCCUUGGGCACUGGUUUUAGCUAAACUCUCGGCAAUUCUUCUUUAUAAGAGAAAGGACACUCAGCAGUACAAUUUUGGUAGCGUUUAGGCAUUUUAAAUGUGAGAAGGGUUCACUUCCGGUUGACGUACGUCGCUCAAAAACGUAUUUGUUUAAGUUUCCUAAUGUUAUUGGUUGUGGGCGCUGUAUCCAGUCUUACUACUAGUAUUGUGUGUGUAAUAGAUCUAUGUUCAUUUUAUUUUAUUGAUUACCUCCAACGUGUUUCCUUCCCGAUUAAAAACAAGUCGUACACUGCAAAGUGUUUCAACCCACAUUCAAAAUUUAACAAUGAAAAUGAGAAAAAAAGUAUAAUGCAUGAUAUAAAUUCAAUUUAUUACAAAUAACUUACACCGUGGUAAAAAAACUCUGACUUUUAAAGCUGGGGAUAACAGAACUUGUGAGCACCCUUCCGAGAUUUUUCUCUCGAAAAUAUCUUACUUUAAUUGUGCUGUAAUAUAAUACAACGUGGUUCUAAAUUUCGGGUCUAAGGAUGGAAUCCUAGCAAGUGACCAUUCACAUAAAAAAGUUAUACUGCGCAUGAGCAGUGCUUUUCUGUUGUACUGUUUAUCAUGCUGUGCAAAGUGGUUCUAACUUUUGAGUCUGUGGGUGAAAUCCUAAAGUUUGACCAUUCAAACGAAAGCUACUGAGCAGUACUUUUCAGUGGUACUGUUUAUUAUGUUGUACAAGGUGGUUCUAACUUUUGAGUCUGUGGUCAUUCAAAAGAAAGCUACUAAGGUGUACUUUCCUGUGGUACUCUUUAUUAUGCCGAACAAGAUUUAAAGGGACAGGUUCACGGUUACGCGCAUGCUCGUUUAUUAAAAUGCUUUUUUCCUGCGGAGACAUGCUGUAUCGCCCAUGCAAACAAUAUGAACAUGUCAAAAUGAUGUCAAAGAACCAAUCUGCACGUACACUCUCCUGGCAGUACUUAAUCAACUUAUGUGCAAAUAACUGUAAAUUAAUCAACUAUGCAAUAAAACCUUCGGGUCAACAAUAAAUUCAACGUUGGUAGUGUUGGCAUAAUCCACUAAUAUUUUCUGCGAUUUUAGCACUCCUCCAUCCUACUUCAGAUUUCUCUGAAAUACACUUCUACUUUGAAAUACACUCUGAGAUCGCUGAGAUACAUGUGAGUGGAAUUAUUAACCGAUAUAAUUAAUAAUAAAUGGAAAAAAGUAAUUUAAUUAAUGAGCAUGCGCUUAACCGAGAACCUGUCCCUUUAAGUUUCUCACUUUGAAGUCUGUGGGUAAAAUCCUGAAUACGACCAUUCAAAUGAACGCUACUGAGGAGACUGUGGCUGUGGUGCUGUUUACUAUACUGUAAAACUAUUUAACGUGAUUCUAACUUAAUGCGACUCUGAAUUAAACCGCAAAGCAUAACUAUUGUCGAAAUAUUGAAGCGCUGAGAAGUAAACUUCUUGCGGUACUGUUUGUUACCUUUGAUAAGUGGGGGUUGGCAAUUUGCCGCAAAUUUGCCGGUUAGAGAGCCGUCUAGAAUGUCACUUGCUAGGCACAAUAAAAGCCAGUUUUCAGUUCGUCUAGUUGGCUCUCCUCACUUUAGGGGUGCGGAUUCCAGCAGGCGGGUCAGUGACCUAGAAUGUGAACGUUCAAAUAAACUUUUCUUGUAAAUUCGAAACUCGACCAGCAAGAAAAGAAGUAAUUAAAAGGGAAAAAUCGCGAAGAAAAUGCAAAUGUAACAGGAAAAGUAUAUUUGCCCACUGGGCAAGCAGGUGUGAAAUGCAAUUUGUAUUAAUGACUGAAAGUUUGUCUUCCGUUUUCCAAACGUGUCAUAAAUGUUGCCGAAUACUUUAACUUUGAGUGAAGUCCUAAAUAUUCUUCAAACAAUUUCCAUAAUUAUGAUUCGAAUCACCUUAUCUAAUUCUUUCUUCAGAUGUCGCAGCGCAUUGUAAAGAGGAGGACGUAAAGAGAAUAUCACAGACUAUUUUGAACAUGGAAAACUUGGUCUCGAGUACAGGUAAUUCUUCUUUUGAAACGUCACUCUCGCCAACCAAUGCUUCAUUGCUGAAACCAAGUCGACCAUCAGUGGCCAACAAGUACCGCCAUACAGCAGAGGAAACGCUUAUUUUUGUGUUUAUCUACACUCUUCUCGCGCUGUUGGUGAUACUGAGCAACUCACUGAUCGUUAUAGCCUUUAAACGCAACAAUAAGCUCCGCACUACGACCAACAUGUUUUUCGCGAGCCUGGCAAUCUCAGAUUUUCUAGUUGGCGCUAUCUCUAUACCAUCCUGGAUGUAUUUCCUGAUCUACGACCUGAACAAUUCUUUCCCAAGUGCGGCAAACAUGCGGUUUCGUCGGGUCUACACGUUCUUCGAUGUGUUCAGCGCACUUACAUCAAUUGCCCACCUUACAGUCAUAAGCGUGGAGCGAAACAUUGCUAUUUCAAAACCUUUGCGACACCGUGUCAUUCCAAAAUGUUAUUACCAGUGUGUUCUUGUUGCAGCUUGGAUAUACGGGAUGAUCGUAGCGGGCAUCUUUAUUACAGAUUUCAAAUCAGAUUCAUGGUCGAGAUACCGAGGGUUGCUAACCACAACAGCUGGCUUCAUUGUUCCACUAGUAAUCAUAAUUUCCAUGUACGCUAACAUUUACAAAAACGUGAAACUGUUCAACAUUCGUCGACGAUCGUAUUCUGUCAGCUCCAUCCAGAAAAAAGUUCAAAAUGAACGAGCAAAGGCGAACACUGUUCUGAUUGUCACCAGUUUAUUUCUGCUGUCUUGGCUGCCAUUUUUCACGCUUUCGGUGCUAUUCAUCUUCUGCCCCGCUCUGAAAUGCGUUCCUAGAGGAAUGAGCGUUUUGUAUCUUGUCGACUUUGCAAAGAUUCUUCACUACGGCAACAGUGCCAUGAAUCCAGUAGUGUACACCUUUCGCAGUUCAGAAAUGAGAAUGACGCUGAUACGGAUCGUCGCUCCAUGUCACUUUCAGACGCCUGUCAACUCCGUGCAACGGGUCAUUCCUCCAGCCGCCCUCAGAAUUCCUUUUGAAACCGCGAAUGGGCGUCAUUCCUUAUCACCAUCAAUUUACAAGGAGGUCAAACGCCAGGAUCAUUACCUGUGA